ACGAAAUUUCCGGUUACCGGAAUCUUUGAAAUCAGGAAGUCGAAGGAUCGGCCUUUUCCUUGUUUCGACGGUCAUUCACUCGUAGGAAGAUUAGAACCUUUUUCCUACGAUCGAAGUAAAACAAUGGCCGAUAAGAAUCAAGAUACCAUCAGACUGAAAGCUUCACGUGCGACGAGAUUCUCCUGCGCUCAAAAUCAGCACGGAGAGACUUACCUUCACCUAGACCUUUCUUUCUCUCGUACGAGAGGGGAUCCACAUAUAAAAGGUCUCUACUGGGUUGGCAUGGCAUCAGAAAGCACAUUUCACUUAACCACUCGGUAGUCGGCUGACCACGAGAAUUAGUUACAAGAAUACCAACUUGACUAGUGAUAUGCGUUCGUUCAUACUUAUCGGGCUACUUGCCCUUGCUUUUGCAAAUGUCUCUUGUAGAGAGACAAGAGGUGAAAAGCCUCAAAGACCACAUCGACCACCGUUAAAGGGUAAACGUGGAGUUAGUGACUAUCCCUUAGGAUAUUCAUCCGGGGGUCAUUCCUAUUCUUCACCCGUAUACUCAGCUGUUGGAUCUGGCUAUAGUCUAGGUGGAUCGUCAAGCUCUAUUUCUCUUGGACAUUCGGGUCUUCAAAGUUUACAGAGUUUGGGAGUCGGUGGUGGUCAUGGUCUAGGAUAUUCCAACUCUGGAUUAGGAUCUUCAUUGGGAUAUGGAAUGUCUGUUGGUUCUGGUUUGGGUCAUGGUGGAGGUCUUCAAGGUCUCUCGAGUCACAGCUCUUAUUCUUUGCCAAGUCUACCUAGCAUCAACUUAGGAUCAGCCGGUGGAUCAAGCGAAGGACUCUUCACUCCUUCAAAGAACGGUCCGGUUACUUUUGGAAUUCAUGGAGGUAACUCGAUUGGUGGCUCUGCUUCGAGUACUUACUCUACACCAAUUUAUGCGUCAGGAGGUCAAGGACUCUCGGCUUAUGGAAGCGGAUCGAGCGGACUUUCCAGUCUUCCUUUAACGUUAUCAUCUCCUCACGGUUCUUCUUCCUACAAUCUACCAACUGUAACCUUGCAAUCGUCUGGUACUUCUACUGGCUACAGUCUCCCAGCAAAUUCUCAACCUCAUACGGUAUCCGGAGGAUUGGUCUUAUCAUCAGGAUCCCAUGGAGGUUCAUCGGGCUAUACUCUACCCGUAUCAUCGGGAUCCUCGCAUGGAAUUUCUCUAAGCGGUCUAUCUUCUGGCUCGCAUGGUGGAUCGUCCGGAUAUAGUCUUCCUAUAAGUUCAGGAUCUCACGGUAUCUCUAGUUUGUCCAGUAAUUCAGGCAGCAUAUCCGGUUACUCUCUAGCACCUGUAUCCGCGUCAUACAGCGCACCCAACUCUCACGUUAGCCUGUCCAUCGGUUCCUCCGACGGAUCCUCUUACUCUCUCCCAGCAUCCUCCGGAUCUCAUUCAGCUUCGGGAUCCUCCAGUUCCGGGUCAUAUUCAAGCUCUGGAUAUUCUCCAGCUUCUUCGGAUGGUAGCUCUUAUUCCUCCAGCGGAAGUACGAGUUACUCCAGUCCAAGUUCUAGUUAUUCAAGCCCUAGCAGUAGUUAUUCCAGUCCUAGUUCCAGUUACUCAAGCCAGAGUUCAAGCUAUUCGAGUCCUAGUUCCAGUUACUCGAGUCCUAGUUUCAGUUACUCGAGCCCUAGUUCAAGUUAUUCCGCUCUUUCCAAUGGUUAUUCCUCGAGUUAUUCCAGUCCAUCUAAUUCUUAUGGUUCACCAUCGGAAUCUCAUGGAUCUUAUUCGCAUUUGAGCCCAAGAUAUAUCAGUUAUCCAGUGGGUAAAGCUUACGAAACUUUAACACCUGGCAGCUCGAAAUAUGAUACAAUUUCAUAUUCGAGUCCCAAUGGAAAAUAUUAAUCGAUUGCGAUAUAUAAUAAGUAUAUAUACAUAUAUACCUUAGCAUGAUUAAAUUAGAUCCAACGAGAGAUCUCACUCGACCAUAACUGUUAUAUCUUGCCACAGUGGUAGUAGAUUGUAAUCGUACAUUGAAAUCACGAAAAGAGAAUCUUGAUGCAGGUCGACUGUUAAUAUAUUGCCAAGUACGGAAGACCCAAGAUUGCGAAGAAUUGUAAACGUAUUUAUAAUGAUAUCUAUUAUAAUUAAUAGUUUAUUUAAUGUAUGUUUUUUUAUUUAUAAUAUCGUUGAUAAUUCACAGAACGUUAUUGCAAUUUUACAUGUAUACAAUGUCGACAACGUGAUCCUUGUUGCAUAGUU